AUGGGUGAUUCAACACCAACGACAGAGGAUAUUUACAAAUGUUUACGAGAGCAGGAAAAUAUACAAAAGCAUAAAGAUCCCAAUGAUGCCGCAAACGAAUUACGAAACUUAAAUUACCAGCUAUACGCGGAAUCGUUGCACAUGGGCGAUGAAAGACUAACAGCCCACAUACUAGAUAACGGAUUACGCAAAUAUCAAGCUUUGAUGAUCAAUCCUGAAAGAGUUAACAACUACAUCGAUGAUGUGUUGGAUAUUUUACCUGAAAUAGCUGAAGAUGAUUUUGUUCUAACCGAAUCAGCAUUAGAUAAUGCUUCAUGUUACUUAGACAUAGCAAAAAAUGCAUGCCAGGGGCAAUUCGAGAAUUGCUCUGCAAACGAAAUUUCUCUCGAAACGCUCAGCAAGAUUAUCACCAAACCUAAGCGAUUUGACGUGCAGCAAUCGGUCCAACUCCAAGGUCCUAGCCAAUGUUCCACAGAUAUUUCUAGGCGUGUUUUCGCGAAUGGUAGCAAUUCUUCAUUUACCCCCAAGAUUCCUAUAACAAAACCCGCUAUGAAACCAUCGGCCCUAAUGCCUGCAGCCACGCAAGAUUAUCCGAGUAAAGCUGUGUCUCGAGAACCAGCAGGCUUUCGGACUGCAAAAGAUGAACUUCAAAUACAAAACUUAAAGAAAUACGGCACUUCCAAUCCAUCUGGUAAGGCGCCACUAUUUGCCUACAAUCGCAAAACCCUUGGCGGGCGUCGAACGUUGGGCAGCAAGUUUGUAUGCCCUGUGCGGUCCGACAGCGACGAUAGGCCUGUUCAACGACAUACCGAUACCAGAUAUGCGCAAAGCAGAGGAAGGGAUUACGAGAACAAUGACAACGAGGAUAACCAGGAGGAAGAACUAGACGAGCGGCUGAAGAAUAUCGAUCCGAAGAUGAUUGAAUUAAUUCGAAGCGAAAUUAUGGACCGAUUCCAGCCUCUUACUUGGGACGACAUUGCCGGGCUGGAGUACGCAAAGACGACCAUUCAGGAAGCCGUAGUAUGGCCAAUUCUGCGGCCAGAUAUUUUUUCUGGGCUACGCAAACCUCCUCGAGGUAUUUUGCUGUUCGGGCCUCCCGGUACGGGCAAAACGCUGAUCGGCAAGUGUAUCGCAUCGCAGUCAAAGUCGACCUUUUUCAGCAUCAGCGCAUCGUCGCUAACUUCCAAAUGGAUCGGUGAUGGCGAAAAGAUGGUGCGAGCCUUAUUCGCGGUUGCAGCAGUUCAUCAGCCGGCCGUCGUGUUUAUUGAUGAAAUCGACUCGCUGCUCUGCCAACGGUCCGAUACAGAACACGAGAGCUCACGCCGACUGAAGACUGAGUUCUUGGUGCAACUGGACGGAGCUGCUACGGCGGAAGACGAACGAAUUCUCAUCGUUGGCGCGACGAAUCGUCCCCAAGAAUUGGACGAAGCGGCGCGUCGCCGUUUGGUCAAAAGAUUGUACAUUCCGCUACCGGAGCGGGCUGCACGAAUUCAAAUUCUUACACGUUUGCUAGAGCAGGAACGUAACAGCCUGGAGAAGGAAGAAAUUGCACGCAUUGGUGAUGCAACGGAGGGAUUCUCCGGAGCGGACAUGAAAGUACUUUGCCAUGAAGCAUCAAUGGGACCUAUUCGAUCCAUUCCUUUCGAUCAAUUGGGUAAUAUUGCUAAGGAGCACGUGCGGCCGAUAUGUAACGAUGAUUUCCAGCUGGCACUGAACAAAGUGAAGGCAAGCGUGUCCCCAAAUGACCUGGAACAGUAUUCUAUUUGGAAUCGCACAUACGGUACGGGAGCUACAUAGAUACUAUUCAUUUGUGGAGGGGUUAGAAACGGACAUAGUUUAAGAAUCGCAAAUUUAUAUAGAGCGUCAAAAGAGCUGAAUAAAUCCUUGU